UCUUGUAAAACGCUUUUUAAUUAAUGCGUGUGAACAGUGCAAAGUUUUUUUUAACUUUCUUUUCCUAUCCUAUAAAGGAUUUAUGAACGUGACGAACUUGUUGUUGCAUGUUUUGUUUGUUUUAUAAGACUUUAUAAAAUGAAAUAAAUAAUAAUUUAAAGGAGAAUUUUAUAAGGCUUAGGUAUUAUUAAUGCCUGCAUUUACAAUGAUAUUGAGUGAAUUGGUUAAAAAUGUUUUCUAUUUUGGAUUAUUACUAAAUGUCUCUUAUGUUUGCUGCAGCAUUGGUUUACCAUUAAUACAAAUAAGUCAUGACGAUGAUCUCACUAAUGAUUAUCCGGAAAUGCGAGAGCAAGUUUAUCUGGAGGAUUUCUUUUGGACUGGAUCCGGUGAUGGACCGCCAGAUUAUUUGAAAAAAGUUCACACUGGUAUAAGUAAAGGCAAAGAUGUGGUAGUGAAAACUGAAACAGUAGUGGCCACUGUGUACGUUGACGGUAAUAAUGAAGUUGAUAUACCAAUAUGCUUGGAUUGUUUUGGUGAUGGAACUGUUGGAAUAGAUGGUACAUGGCAUGUUGCUGGUAUGCCGCCGCUUAAUUUUUCGGCUACCGAUCGACGUUAUUGGUUACUUACCGUCAUGUCGGGAUUUUAUACGCAAAAAGAUAAUCCGAUAUUGGCGGAAAAGUUAGCAAAAAUUUACCGUUUGGCAUUUACAAGACAACAAACCAAGCAUUUGGGUAUUAAUGGGGUUCAACAAAUAUCGGGGAUUUCGGUAACAGUAAAUGACAGAAAUAGACGGCAUUACAGCAGCGAGCAGUCUACCGCAGAGCCGGACAAUUAUGAUGUAGAAAUUUUAGAUAUGGUUACUUCAAGCUUAUCAACCGAAAAUGAACAUUCUGAUAUCUCUCGAGUGGGAAACAAAAAUUCUGAAUGGUUUACCUCUUCCGAAGAAAUAGUUACAGAUAACUCUUUACUGUCUAGUGGCAAGGAUUAUCAAAUUGUUAUUUCGUCUACGGAAGAGCCAAUAGAGGAAGAAUCCUAUGUUAAAAUUCAAUCUUGGGAAUUAAUUCAACAGCAUUUACAGUCUGGUAAACAAAGACAAUUUUCUGGUACCCUAUCGCAGCAUGCUACACCGCUUAUACAAGCUCAAAACUCGAUACUUUUGCGAGAUGAUCAAGUCCGAGUUAUUAUACAUAAUAUUACGCAAAUAACAGAGGCAGAAAUCCAAAAGGCUAAUAUGGAAGGAGAUCUAUAUGAAAGCGAUGUCAAUGAUAAAAUAGACGAACGUCCCGUUGCCAAUCAAACCGAACUAAUAUAUUCUGUUUUUGUUAAUGGGCGGCCUGUUUUGGCGGUAGCUGCAGCCAAUGAUAUGAAAUUGGUGAGUGAAGCCGAAGUAUCGACUGUAAUGGGUAAAGAGAUUUUUAUGAAAGCUGAACCCUAUCUACGCGAGCCUCAGGCUACUCCAUUAGCUCCUGCCACGCAUAGCGGUUCGACGGGAUUAAUUGAUUCCAUACAAAAUAAUCCUUUGCUCGUUAUCAUAAGUUCUAUUGCCAUACUGCUGCUGCUAUUGUUGCUUGUAGCCUUACUAUUAAUCGCUCGCUCUCACGUCCGUCACAAAAGUAGUCAACAACAGGUGACGAGAGCUUCCAGUCGCAAUGAAUUGCUGUCUGAACCACAAUCUGGUAGAGCCACAUCGAGUGCUGUGGGUUUGGAGAGCGGUCGCACUACAAUACAAUCCCGGGAUGUAGGAACGCAAAACUUCUCAUAUGAAAAUGAUAAUGGUCCUAGUCCAAGAGAAGCUCGUAUACAUUUUCCGGCGCCUCCAACGCGACGCAUUCGCCGAGAUUCCAUCACUUCUUCAGAUAAUACGUCCGAUUCAUCGGUAUAUUGCCCAAUAAAUCCACCAACAGCUGAUGUGCAACGUAUGCUAGAUGAGAAGGCGGCCAGCCUAUUCGACGGUCAUAGAAGUCGGAGGCGACAUAAAUAUGAUAAGGCUGAAGGAACUGAAGAGGCGAUCUAUACUACCGUUUUGUCAGAAAAGAAGAGAGAGAAGGGUCGUCACAAGCCUAAGCGAAGGUAUUUAUCAGAGAAUCGUGUUGGUUCGUUGGAAACCAGUCCAGUGCAAAGUCAAAAAGAUUAUUCGGGAGACGAAGCUAUUAGUGAUACGCGUAGAAAAUACGAAAAUUUGGAGCGGACAACGGAAGCAUUUAAUCCUCUUAAUAAUUAUCAUCGCAACAAAUUGUUGCAUCAAAAAACCAUAUUUUCUGAUAAAGAUUUUCUAGCCGAUCGGACCAUAGCUGCUGAAGCUGUAAAUAAACAUAUUAUGCAUCCGGAAAAGUCAUCAGAUAGCGGCAGUAUAGGUUCAUUUUUGUCCAUGCAAUCCAUAAAAGCAUUUCCGAAAAAUUCCCUUCCUGAGCCACUGCAUCGUGUUCUGGAGCCUGUUUUCGUAACGCAUUACGAUAACAUAGAAAAUCGAGUUCAGUCUCAGCAUAAAAAAAAAAUUGCCGAAGAUAAAACGACUAACUCCACGAAGGUCACCAUUGAUAGCUUCCCUACACCAAAAGCACCGCAAAAAUACACACUUAUGACUUCCCAAAGUGACAAUCCGGAUCCGGGCAUUCUAGGGCCCAUUGUUUGGGAAAGAUAUAAGAAGCGUCAAAGUGCGGACGACGUUUUGGAUAACGAUGACAUUAUUUAUGGACAUCUGCCUCCGGAAGAAAUACAUAGUCCAAAUAGAGAUCCGGCAGCAAUAAGAAAUCAUUACGAGGGUUUAUUAGAAGGUGCAAUUCAAAUGUACUCCAGUCAGGAUGAUCUGCCUAUGCCACUACCAAAUAAAGACUUUACAAACAAUCGCAAACAAACAAAGCGUGAACUUCGAGGCUCUUCUGCCGAAAUGGUAAAUGCUAUUAGUAAGUCUUCCAAUGAUUAUAAUCGGCCGGCAACGGCUAAAAUAGAAAAUUAUUGUACACAUCCCCCAUCACCUAACGUUGGUGGUGCUUGGCGGGGAAGCAGUGCCCAGAGAUCACGUUCUCCUCUUGUACGACCAUUAAGUGCCGGUCCUUUUCACCGUCCUGACGAUUUCCACACUCAGGCAGUUAGUCGUCAGAUUGACGACAUUUCAACGGCGCCUCUAAUUGAGGCCAUACAAAAUGAGCUGCGCAAGUUUCAGCAAGAAUCUCAUUGAACGCAUACGAAUACGUUCCAUUCUAGUAAAACUUCCUAUAAAGACUUCAUACCUGAUCUUAAUGAUGUGCAAUAACUGAAUUUA